AUGAGAAUUACGAGAGCGCUGCGGCAAAAGCCAAAAACCGGCAUUCUCAUGUUGAAUAUGGGCGGGCCAAGUACCAUUCCAGAGGUCAAGCCUUUCUUGUCCCGGCUAUUCACCGAUAGGGAUUUAUUAAAACUUCCGUUCAAUCAAGAAUUGAUGGCGAAAUUUAUCACAGAGCGGCGAUACAGAAUGAUUGAAAAGCACUAUUCGGAGAUCGGAGGAGGAUCGCCAAUCGGGAAGUGGACAGCUCUUCAGGGCGAUAAGAUGGUCGAGUUGCUCGACGAAAUGAACCCAGAAUCAGCGCCGCAUAAAUAUUAUAUUGGAUUUCGAUAUGCUGCUCCUUUGACGGAAACAGCGAUUUCUCAAAUUGAACGGGACCAGCCAGAACACGUUAUUGCUUUCACUCAAUAUCCUCAAUAUAGUUGUGCGACGACCGGAUCUAGUUUAAAUCACAUCGCACGAUUAUAUGGAGAAAUGGGAAAGAAGCCUUCCUCUACUUGGUCGGUUAUUGAUAGAUGGCCUGUUUGGGAAGGUCUUGUCGACGCUUUUGCCGAAUGUACAAUCGCUGGACUCAAUCAGAUCCCGGAAGAAGAUCGUCACAAAGCUGUAAUUCUUUUCUCUGCUCACUCGUUACCGCUUUCUGCUGUGGAGCGUGGAGAUCCUUACCCACACGAAGUUGCUGCCACUGUCUACGCCGUUAUGCAGAAAUUGGGCUUUAGAAAUCCUUGGAGAGUCACUUGGCAAUCACAAGUCGGGCCAAAGAAAUGGUUGUCUCCAAAGACGGAUGAAGUUUUAGAAGAAUUUUCAAAGCGCGGAAGAAAGAGUCUUGUAGUUGUUCCCAUUGCGUUUACGUCUGAUCAUAUCGAAACCCUUCACGAGUUGGAUAUUGAAUUUGCUGAAGAAGCAGAAAAGGCCGGACUCAAGCACUACGUUCGAGCUCCUGCUCUCAACGACAACGCGACUUUCUGCCAGAGCUUAGCCGACCGAGUCCAGCAUCAUCUAAACGUUGAAAUUCCGCGAGGAGAAUCUUUCAACGCGCAACUCGGCCUGCGCUGUCCUAAAUGCACCAAUCCUUCCUGCCAAGAAAUGAGAAACUUUUUCAACGAGCGCAAGCGAAUGCUCUAUGCUUCAAAAUGA